AUGAGAACCCAAACCGUUGUUGGAGCACUAUGUACAGUUGUUUUCUUCCAUUUGGUAUCCAGGAUAACACAUGCUAACGCUAUCGGUAAGUGCAAGUCGCAAGAAUCAGCCUUCAAAAAAGCCCUUCAAGGACACACAUAUGACACAUUCAAAGUCAAUAGCCUGCAUGUUUGCGUCAAGAGAUGUGAUAAAGAAGAAAAGUGUCAGAGCAUUAACUUUGUUAUCGACGAAAGUAUCUGUGAACUGAAUAAGCAAAGCAAGGAGGCAAGACCAGACAAUUAUGUUACAGACCCAAGACGGAUUUACAUGACAGUAAAAUUUGGCAAAGAUACCUGGCCAUCCGGAACAUACGGACUUCCUCGUUCCAAGACUGGCUGUCCUCAACCCCCUCAUGGCUCUGAGUGGGAGACAGGCUGGAGGGUACAAGAUACGGAAGACUCUUCCAACAAAAAUCGCUUCUCGGAUAGUUUUCAUUUAGAUGCAGUUGUUUUGGACAGUCAUGUGAACAGAAGUUUCUGCAUAAAACACGUACACAAAGUCGGUACUGGAGCGGAACCAUGGCCUCUGGGUAAUGAUUUUUCAAGCUCAGUAAUUAUUGAUAGAAUUCACUGGAGUCACGAUGACGAAGACAUAAGUAACAACAACAGUAAUGGUGGAACACUUCCUGAUGGUAUAUAUGACAAUGCUACAAGGAUAUCGUUUUGUUGUCAGACGGAUGGUAACAAGUCCGAUCCCAUCACCCUCCCCGUGGAAAAACCUUUUUACUUGCUAGCUUACGGUUCGUCUGAGUGUCAGAAAGUAGAGGGGGCCCUGGGUACUGAGGAGUAUAUACAAUACGACAACGAGGACUCAAAAAACUCAGAUAAAUGGGAAGGGAGUCAUCCUUUUAUGAAGUAUUCAUACUUGACCAAGAUGAGAAUAACUUACUGUUAUUACCGUGCAGCAUGAUUAUUUUGCAAUAUUUAAAAUCUUUGCGGAUUUCGCAGAUUGUCUUUGCAAGUUAGUGUGAGACAACUGCGCACCUACCCCUCCCCUAACCCAAUAACAGUCGACUAAUAACAAGUUAGGGUUAAUAUUGGGCCAGGGAAGGGGUGGUGCGCAUUUUCUCAGAUACUGACGUUGAUCCAAAUUCAUUACCUUGAGCCCAAUAAGAAUACGUAAGGGAGGGGACAAAAGUUUUGAUGAUAUUUAUUAAGCAAUUUUUUCUAAGAUUCAAGGCGUUUAAGUGAAAUUUCUCUUAUGAAUUGAGUGAGCUGUAAAUCGACGAAAUUUAAUGUUGAAGGACUACAAUCACUUUCUUGUUUUUUAAGGCAUUUGACAAAAAAGCACAUUUUAGCUCGCAUGUGAAUUUUAGCCAUAGGAACAUUCCGUAGGAACAAACAUGACCUUCAAUAGCUUUUUGCACUUCGUCAACAAUACUACAUGACUAUACAGCAUGUUCCGGCAGUUGAAUGGUGUUAAAAGAAUCCAAACUGCUUGUAUUCUAAUAAAUUACGUGUCUCUAAUCUAAGAAGUCAGCCAACCGCUUGAACAUAAGUUUUUUCCAUUGUGGUCACUGCACAAAUGCAAAGAAUUGAAGAGCUCAUCUUUAAUAAAAGGCCUGUUACCAGUUGUUUGGAUUAUAUGUAUCACUUUACUCGACGAAAGUCUAAAGCGCUUGAAGGGAAAUAAUUCUACUUGAGGAAAACUAACUAUUGCGUCGCACUCGUGUUAUAAAAUACUGCGUUCGCGAUGAAAAGUUAAAUCUGAGCGACCACAACCGACUGAAUGACCAUCACAUUUUGAAUUAUCACCAAAAGUUUAUCUCCCUGUGUUGGUUUUGGAUCAUAAACCGAAUUGUUUAGAGGGGAUAUUAUUAUGUAAUUGAGUAUUUUGCGUUUUUUAAUUCGCUAGAUGCGAAAUUUUUCGCUUUUUCACUUGAAACGGCUGUUAUUUCAAAGCUAGAAGCCCAAAUUUACGCAAUGCUAUUCGAGGUAAAUUUCUUUCAUUGUUUGUGGUAACUCCACAUGUUAUGAGUAAUUAUUGUAAACAUAAGCUUCUAGAAAUCUCUAGACUGCUGAGUCAUGCUGACUUGCAUACCAAAGAACUUUUCAGAACGUUUCAUGAAGUCACGCAUUUGUUAUGUAAUACUUCUAAAAUAUCGUAAAAAAGGCUGUGGUUAUUCAUCGUGGUGUUGUCGGAGCGACGACUGUUUUGAAAGCUAUACCGAGAGAGAGUUACAGCGGAAGAUUGCUUAUUUCAAGGGCCUUUGGAGACAGCAGUGAGAUUGUGUUAGUGGUGAGCUGGGAUAUAGACUGUGGUGGGCUUAGUUAAGUUUGUUAACGCUAAGUAUUGUACUG